CAACUAUUUAUAUCUAUUAUUGAUAUCUAGACUAUCAAUACAAAUAUUUGAGCCACAUAGAAUGUGAGUCCUUUACCGAUUUGGCAGUUAGCAAACGCAACAAUAGUCUGUCUCUACACCAACAUGUCGAAGGUAGUUUGCGUCACCGGCGGCAGUGGUUGCAUUGGUUCAUGGCUCGUCCAUCUCCUUCUUCGCCGUGGAUACACCGUUCACGCCACCGUUCAAAAUCUCAACGAUGAAACCGAAACAAAGCAUCUAGAAGCUCUCGAAGGAGCACCAACUCAUCUCCGUCUCUUCCAGAUCGACCUCCUCAACUACGACACUAUCCUCGCCGCUAUCUACGGUUGCUCCGGCGUUUUCCAUCUCGCUUCACCUUGUAUUGUCGAUCAAGUUCAUGAUCCUCAGAAGGAGCUUUUAGACCCGGCAAUUAAAGGGACCUUAAACGUGCUUAAUGCGGCUAAGGAAGUUGGGGUGAAGCGCGUGGUUGUCACUUCUUCUAUCUCUGCGAUUACUCCUAGCCCUAAUUGGCCUUCUGAUGUUGUCAAGAGAGAGGAUUGUUGGACUGAUAUUGAAUAUUGCAAGGAUAAGGAGUUGUGGUAUCCAUUGUCUAAGACAUCGGCUGAGAUAGCUGCUUGGAAUUUUUCCAAUGAAAAUGGUUUGGAUGUUGUUGUGGUGAAUCCUGGUACUGUGAUGGGCCCUGUUAUUCCACCAAGGCUUAAUGCAAGCAUGCUCAUGCUUCUCGGACUGCUUCAAGGCUGCACUGAAACAUAUGAAGACUUUUUCAUGGGGUUGGUCCACUUCAAAGAUGUAGCAUUGGCACACAUUUUGGUGUAUGAGAACAAAGAAGCAACCGGUAGACAUUUGUGUGUUGAAACUAUCUCUCACUAUGGUGACUUUGUGGCAAAAGUUGCUGAACUUUAUCCAGAAUAUAAUGUGCCUAAGAUACCACGAGAUACUCAACCAGGAUUGUUAAGAGCAAAGGAUGGAUCAAAGCGCCUGAUGGAUUUAGGAUUGGAAUUCAUUCCAAUGGAGCAAAUUAUCAAGGAUGCUGUAGAGAGUUUGAAGAACAAAGGAUUAAUUUCUUGAAUGAUGUUGUUGGGUCAGAUUAUGAGUACUAGUGUUAUGCCACGAGUUGACUCUGUAUAAUCUGUAUUCUCAAUCUUUAUAUGCAAAAUGUCUCUAACUUGAAUAAAAAAAUGCUGAAGUAAUAAAUAUGGAGACAUUAAGGACUUGCAAUUAUCA